GUGUGUUGAAUUUAGGCAGUCAUUGAACUGAUCGAUUAGUUGUUGGUCAGGUGUGGUGCCUAGUUGGAACAAAAUACUGCAGUACCUGCAGUACUCCAGGAGCAGGGUUGCCUAGCCCUGCUUUAAAAGUUUCAGUAUCUCCAGUAUGAUCCAAAAAUUAUGCAGCUGAUUCAAACCUCAAAUCAUCACAAUUACUGCAGACAAAGUGAAUGGGGCAGACUGGAGUAACGUCCCUUUUGAAGAGGUGGAGAGGGCGAGUGCCUGAAGGACCAGUGAUUGUCCGUCAUCCCCUCAAGAGCUUUCUUGAAUGGAAACCGGUCGCUGAAUUUCCUGAACGCACCGACCUACACCGUGCAGAGCGCGCGGGAUAGCCUCCCCAACUCAGCGCAUGCCGAUACAUCGCAGGCCAGCGUCGAUUUGGACUAAUUUGCUGCUGGCUGCAGCUUCAACAAUAUAUAGCGCAAAGGACUGUAUCUUGGAAAUAAACACCAACAGGGAGUGGCAGUAAAGCUAACAGUCAUGGACAAUUCAACCUACUUUUAUGAAUGUCCGUGCAAGGGGUUAAACGCUUUUUUUGCUGUUUCAAUUUACAUUUUCAUGUGUAAAAUUGUAAUUCGCUACUAAACCCAUUCCGGGACCCUACUUGGAUACCGCCUGCCUCUCACUUAGACUACAGUGUUAACGGGUCCCCUGCAUGUACUGGAACAAUGAAGUUUCAUCUCCACUCCCGGAGGAGAAUAACGUCUUAUUGGACAAUGUUUUCGUUAAGCAGUCUCACUCGGACGGGGAGUCGCACGCAGAUGUAAAAGAAGAGGCUCCUCUCCUGCCCAGUCCUCCGGUAACACCGUCUAUGUGCUCGCAUCCGACCCUGGCCUCCCCGACGCCAGUUCGGUCCACGGGGAAAAACCAGUGUGCCAACUGCGGCACAGAGAUCCAAGACAGAUACCUACUGAAAGUGAACAAUUUGAAUUGGCACGUGGGAUGUCUGGAGUGUUCGGUCUGCAGAGUAUCAUUACGUCAGCACAAUAGCUGCUACAUCAAAAACAAAGAAAUAUUUUGCAAAUUGGAUUAUUUCAGUAAGUUUGGCACCAAGUGUGGCCAGUGCAGGCGCCAGGUGUAUGCCAGUGACUGGGUGCGGCGGGCACGGGGCAGUGUGUACCACCUGGCCUGCUUCGCCUGCUACUCCUGUAAGAGGCAGCUGUCCACAGGGGAGGAGUUUGGUCUGGUGGAGGGCAGGGUGCUAUGUCGGGCCCACUAUGACACCAUGGUGGAGAACCUCCAGAGAGCGGCUGAGAACGGGACGGGUCUCACUUUGGAGGGAGCCUUCCCCUCUGAUCAGGAUGGCCAACCCAAACCAGCCAAGAGAGCACGCACUUCCUUCAGCGCUGAGCAGCUACAGGUGAUGCAGUCUCAGUUUAACCAAGACAACAACCCUGAUGCCCAGACUCUACAGAAGCUGUCAGACAUGACAGGACUGAGCAGACGGGUCAUACAAGUUUGGUUUCAAAACUGCAGAGCAAGACAUAAAAAGCACCCUCCCCCCCAGCACAACGCUCACAUCCAGGGAGCCCCCCAUCCCCACUCCAGAAUCGCCUCCUCACUGCCAGACAACCUCUACUCCCCCUUUAGCAGUCCCGACAGACCACACCUGCUGGCUCUGCAUGGAUACAUAGACAGUCAUCCCUUCUCGAUGCUGUCCGCCCCUAACCACCUCGCCCACCCAGGCAUGGCCUUACCACAGUUACCCAUCAGCCGCUAACUAACACCCCUGAGACCAGCACUUCCCCCACAAACUUUAUUUCUCACAGAACUUUCCAUCCCGCAAAGUUGGGAACAUUUCAACAUUUGCCUCUCCCAUUUUACUAUACAAGAGGACUGCUGCGGCUUCUUCCGCCUCCAUGGUCUGCAUGAGUUGGAAAUAUCACAUUGUCAAUUGGACGGGCAGUUUUAUAAUGGCAGCUAGACUUUAGAUCAUCUGUGGAAAAACAUCCCAGUCCAAUAUAAUAUGAUAAUCAUCAGGACCAGAUUUGACCACCCAUCCAUUGACAGGGAAUAAAUUGGAACUCCGGGACCAGGAUUAGGAACAGGAAUACUCAUCCAACAGGAAAUCUCCUUUCAUUCAUUGUGGAUUAUGAUUUUUCAUCAUCUUAUUCAACAACUGGUAGUACUAAAGGUAUUUCAUGUUUCAAUUUCCAUCGUUUUAAAUAAUACUUUUUUCUGUCACUCUGUCAGCUUGUUUUCCUGUAUAUAACCCUCCUAUACAUAGACUAUUAUUUAUGUGUAAGGUGACGAUGAAGACUCUUCUGACCUUGUGUGUUGAGAGAGUGUUGAGUGUUGUUAUUUACUUGUUUCAGUUCAGUAAAAUGGAAAGCUUAUGUGUCGCUUUAUUUAUGAAAAAAUAUACUUCACCAAGAAGCACUUUUAAAAAUGUUUUCAAAUCAAAUAAAUAAUUUAUUGUAAAUUGUAAA